AUGGGGUCAGGGGAAAUAAGUCUCACGGCUUCACUGCAACCAGGGCUCGUGUACGAGACAGAAACCACCGACUAUAUCCAAUUCCUGUGCAACAUGGGCUACAGCACAUCUACAAUUAAACUCAUGGCGUCGAGUUAUAUUCCACACAACUUUUCUUGCCCUUGUGACUCGCAUCCUGAUUUUAUUUCUGAUAUGAACUAUCCUUCAAUAGCUAUUUCGGGCUUGGAAGCAGAUAAAACAAAGACGGUGAAAAGAAGCGUGACUAAUGUUGGAGAACGAUACUCGACCUACGAGGUAUUCGUCGAGGCUCCAGCUGGUUUGGAAGUUCAAGUGGUGCCAAGCAAACUACAGUUUACAGAACAUGUUAACAAACUAAGCUUUCAGGUGAGAUUUAAACUCACUACAACAUCAGAUCAUGAGAAACACUCAUUUGGUUCGAUUACGUGGGUUAACUUGAAGCACGAAGUUCGAAGCCCAUUUGUUGUGAGCUGGGCAUGA